GUCCCUCAGCCCUAACCCGGGAAGAGACACCCCCUUUCCCAGCCCCGCCCCCUGGUGGCUGAGGCUGUAUUCAAACACAGCUCUGGGUUAUUCGGAUAGAGUGAACCGGGUCCGCGAAUCCUCCGGCUCCCACUUUCUCCGCCUGGUUACGGGGGUUAGAAGGCCUAAAAUCAAGGUGUCUUCAGAACUAUGUACCCUUGGAGCCUCUAGGUGCCGUAAACUGCAAACAAUGACCCUGUCUUAAUACUGCAGACAUACUGUAGUGGAACUAAGGGGAACUGAGCUUACUGGUUCUUGGCGGGUCUCUAUAACAAAAGACAGACCAACAAGAGAAAAGCAUACAAAUUUAUUAAAGUAAGCUUUAUGUGACACACAAAUUUUCAGAAGGAAAUGAGGAGCUGAAGAAACAUGUUAAUGCUAGAUUUUAUGAACAGCAGAAAGUUGUGGAAAGUGUAAUUGAAGAGAAGGAGUCUGGGCUGAGUGUCCAGUGCUGUGGAAACCUUUAGCAAGGUCUGCUCAUUCAGAUUCAUCUCCUUGCCCCUCUGUCUUCAGAGGUGAACUACACUCUGCUCAGCUUUAAACCAAAAGUAAAGGAGACACUACAAUUUUCAUUCUUCCUGAGUUGCCUCCUUCCUGAAAAGCAAUGGAGAUAGGUGGAAGAGGAUUAAUCAUAUCUCUAAUUUGUUUCCUGUUCAAAUUCUCCACAGCCAUUGAAAUACCACUUUCAGUUCAGCAGGUUCCAACCAUCAUAAAACAGUCAAAAGUGCAAGUUGCCUUUCCCUUUGAUGAAUAUUUUCAGAUUGAGUGUGAAGCUAAAGGAAAUCCAGAACCAACAUUUAUGUGGACUAAGGAUGACAAGACUUUUGAUCUCUCUGACUCUCGGAUAAUUGUGUCUAACAACUCAGGAACAUUUAAGAUCCCAAAUGAGGGGCACAUAUCUCAUUUUCAAGGGAAAUACCGCUGCUUUGCUUCUAAUAAACUGGGGGUUGCUAUGUCAGAAGAAAUAGAAUUUAUAGUACCAAAUGUUCCAAAAUUCCCAAAAGAAAAAAUUGACCCUCUUGAAGUGGAGGAGGGAGAUCCAAUCGUCCUCCCAUGCAACCCUCCCAAAGGCCUUCCACCUUUACACAUUUACUGGAUGAAUAUUGAGUUAGAACACAUUGAACAAGAUGAAAGAGUAUACAUGAGUCAAAAGGGAGAUCUGUACUUUGCAAAUGUGGAAGAAAAAGACAGUCGAAAUGAUUACUGUUGCUUUGCUGCAUUCCCAAGAUUGAGGACUAUUGUGCAGAAAAUGCCAAUGAAACUAACAGUUAACAGUUUAAGGCAUGCUAAUGACUCAAGUUCAUCCACAGAAAUUGGUUCCAAGGCAAAUUCGAUCAAGCAAAGAAAACCCAGAUUGCUGUUGCCUCCUAGUGAAAGUGGCAGUGCGUCCUCAGUUACCAUCCUCAAAGGGGACACCCUGCUGCUUGAGUGUUUUGCUGAAGGCCUACCAACUCCACAGGUCGAUUGGAACAAAAUAGGUGGUGAUCUACCCAAAGGAAGAGAAACAAAAGAAAAUUAUGGCAAGACUUUGAAGAUAGAGAACGUUUCCUACCGGGACAGAGGGAAUUAUCGCUGUACAGCCAACAAUUUCUUAGGAUCAACCUCUCAUGAUUUUCAUGUUGUAGUAGAAGAGCCUCCUCGCUGGACAAAGAAACCUCAGAGUGGUGUGUAUAGCACUGGGAGCAGCGGUAUCUUGUUAUGUGAGGCAGAAGGAGAGCCUGAGCCCACACUCAAGUGGAGAGUCAAUGGCUCCCCGAUUGACAAAAAUCCAUUUGCUGGUGAUGUUGUCUCCCCCACGGAAAUCAGUUUUACCAACCUACAACCGAAUCAUACUGCUGUGUACCAGUGCGAAGCCUCAAAUGUCCAUGGAACUAUCCUUGCCAAUGCCAAUAUUGAUGUUGUAGAUGUUCGUCCACUGAUACAAACUGAAGAUGAAGAAAACUAUGCUACGGUGGUUGGGUACAGUGCUUUCUUACACUGCGAGUACUUUGCUUCACCCGAGGCCAUAGUGUCCUGGCAGAAGGUGGAUGAAGCGAAACCCCUUGAAGGUAGACGGUACCAUAUCCAUGAAAAUGGCACAUUGCAGAUCAACAAAACCACAGAAGACGAUGCUGGCUCAUACUCUUGUUGGGUGGAAAAUGCUAAAGGAAAAACUGCUGUGACAGCCAAUUUGGAUAUUAGAAAUGCUACAAAACUUCAAGUUUCUCCUAAGAAUCCUCGUGUCCCCAAAUUGCAUACACUUGAAUUACAUUGUGAGAGCAAAUGUGACCCAUAUUUAAAACAUAGUUUGAAGUUGUCCUGGAGUAAAAAUGGAGAAGGCUUUGAAAUUAAUGCCACAGAGGAUGGCAGGAUAAUUAUCGAUGGACCUAAUUUGACCAUAUCUAAUGUCACCUCAGAGGACCAAGGUAUUUACUCUUGUUCAGCUCAAACUGCCCUGGACAGUGUUGCUGAUGUAACUCACGUAACCAUUCUCGAUGUUCCGGAUCCACCAGAAAACCUACACUUGUCUGAAAGACAGAACAGGAGUGUUCGGCUGACAUGGGAUGCUGGAAAUGAUCACAAUAGCCGUAUUAGUGAAUACAUUGUUGAAUUUGAAGGAAACAAGGAAGAACCUGGAAGAUGGGAGGAACUGACUAGAGUCCAAGGAAAAGAAACAACAGCUUUAUUAUCUUUGGCUCCAUAUGUGAGAUAUCAGUUCAGGGUCAUAGCCGUGAAUGAAGUAGGGAGAAGCCAACCUAGCCAGCCAUCAGAUCAUCAUGAAACACCUCCAGCAGCUCCAGACAAGAAUCCACAAAACAUAAGGGUUCAAGCCUCUCAACCCAAGGAAAUGAUUAUAAAAUGGGAGCCUUUGAAAUCCAUGGAGCAGAAUGGACCAGGACUAGAGUACAGAGUGACAUGGAAGCCACAGGGAGCCCCCGUGGAGUGGGAAGAAGAGACGGUCACAAACCACACCUUGCGCGUGAUGACGCCUACUGUCUACGCUCCUUAUGAUGUCCAGGUCCAAGCCGUCAAUCACCUUGGCUCUGGCCCUGAGCCUCAGUCAGUGAUUCUGUAUUCUGGGGAAGACUAUCCUGAUACAGCUCCAGUGAUCCAUGGUGUGGACGUUAUAAACAGCACCUUAGUUAAAGUUUCCUGGUCAACAAUUCCAAAGGACAGAGUCCAUGGACAUCUAAAAGGAUAUCAGAUAAAUUGGUGGAAAACAAAAAGUCUGUUGGAUGGAAGAACACAUCCCAAAGAAGUAAACAUUCUGAGGUUUUCAGGACAAAGAAACUAUGGAAUGGUUCCUUCUCUAGAUGCCUUUAGUGAAUUUCAUUUAACAGUCUUAGCCUAUAAUUCCAAAGGAGCUGGUCCAGAGAGUGAGCCUUAUAUAUUUCAGACACCAGAAGGAGUACCUGAGCAACCAGCUUUUCUGAAGAUUAUCAAAGUUGAUAAAGACACUGCUACUUUAACCUGGGGACUACCUAAGAAACUGAAUGGAAACUUAACUGGCUAUCUAUUACAGUAUCAGAUAAUAAAUGACACCUAUGAACUUGGAGAACUAAAUGAUAUCAACAUUACCACUCCAUCAAAGCCCAGCUGGCGUCUCUCAAACCUCAAUUCGACUACCAAGUACAAAUUCUACUUGAGGGCUUGCACUUCAAAGGGCUGUGGAAAACCAAUCACAGAGGAAGGCUCCACAUUAGGAGAAGGGAGUAAAAGUAUCGGGAAGAUAUCAGAAGGAGUAAAUCUUACUCAAAAGACUCACCCGGUAGAGGUAUUUGAGCCUGGAGCUGAACAUAUAGUUCGCCUCUUGACUAAGAAUUGGGUUGAUAACAAUAGCAUUUUUGAAGAUGUAAUUGAGACCAGAGGGAGAGAAUAUGCUGGUUUAUAUGAUGACAUCUCCACUCAAGGCUGGUUUAUUGGAUUGAUGUGUGCGAUUGCUCUUCUCACACUAAUCCUGUUAACUGUUUGCUUUGUGAAGAGGAACAGAGGUGGAAAGUAUUCAGUGAAAGAAAAGGAAGAUCUGCAUCCAGAUCCAGAAGUUCAGUCAGUAAAAGAUGAAACCUUUGGCGAAUACAGCGACAGUGAUGAAAAACCUCUCAAAGGAAGCCUUCGAUCGCUUAACAGGGAUAUGCAGGCCACAGAAAGUGCUGACAGCUUAGUCCAGUAUGGAGAAGGAGAUCAUGGUCUGUUCAGUGAAGACGGAUCCUUCAUUGGCGCUUACGCUGGAUCUAAGGAGAAAGGAUCUGUUGAAAGCAAUGGCAGUUCCACAGCAACAUUUCCACUCCGGGCGUAAAUGUACCACAUGUACAAAUCAGUGGUUUCGUAUCAACUUUCCAUAUUUAUCUGUUCAAGGGAGCAAGAACUUUCACAUAGGAAUAGAAACGUAUUGGCUUAAGAUUUCAUCCAGAAUUUGAACAUCUUGCAGUCAUGUCGAGAAAAUAGCACUGCCUUGAAAAAGUAAACUACCAAGCACUCCAGGCCUGUAUUGUUUGUUUUGUUUUGUUUUGUUUUUCAGGUGCUGAAAAUUCAGAACACAAAACAAAUCCUGUACUUAGAUUCACCUCAACUGAAUCCAAAGUAUCCAUUCAGUGUACUCCAUUUUUGCCUGGUUUUACUGGUCAUUGUGUUUGCAUUGUUGUUGCUACCUUGUGGUUUUUCCUCUGUGUGCACAUUUGUAUUCAGUCUCUGAGAACUGUCUUAGUGACUUUGCUUCACGACAGGUAAAAAGAUGGGAAGCAAACCGGUUAUUUAAAAUGUAAAGAGGAAUAUGAAUGUCUUAUUAAAAUGGUUCAUUGAAUAUAUACAGUCUAAAUCUAUUAUUUAAAUUUUUUGUAGCAGGAGUUCUAGAUAAACAAUCAAGUCGUAUUUAUUGAGCGCCUAACUGUUUGCCCAGAGAUGGUCAUGUUUAAACAGAAUUCUAAUUUUUUCAGUUUCAACACGAAUUUUUUGGGUAUAUCACUUAUGACAUCUAGAACCAUCUUUGUUUUUUGUUCUUUUCUUGGACUAAAUUCAGCUGAAAAGGAAGUGGUGGUCAGAAGGUUAUCUUAUGAAAGAACAGGCCAAGGUUUCCGGGCUGCUGGCGUCUCCUAGCUAUAUCUAUUUAAUAUCUUCAUUUCUAAAUUGACCACUUUGACCUUUUUUCUAUGUUUAUAUAAUGGUAUGCUUGCAUCUAUUUCAUGAAUGCAUUGUACAUAUUAUGUUAAUAUUUACACAAUUAAAAAUACAGAUGUGUUUUAUUUUGAAGUGAGAAAAAGAACAUUAACAGGCAUGUUUGUACAGCUAAAGUAUAUAGUAAGAUAACAUUUUGCAUCAUUCCACAGCUACAACCAACAACAUGAGGUUCCAAAACUGAAGACUUUGUAUAAAGCAUUUGGGUUUUGUUCUUAUAUUGCUUUUUCCUACAGUCUCAAAAUAAAAUAUCAUAUAAAUAUUGA